AUGCCUUCCAAGUUGGCAACAUGGGCGCUGGCCGCCUUCACAGCGUUACAACUCAUGUCCAUGACAGUUGCGCAAGAGAGCAACCCAUCCAUCACAUCAACAUCAUCUUCAAGCACAAACACAGCUGCAGCUCCGACAUCAACAGCACCGGCCAACCCGUCACAGAAGCAGUCCGUCUUCGUCUCACCCGAUCAGGAACUCGCUUUCGGUGUCACCAUUCCAGACGACCCAGCUUCCGAUGACAUCUACUUCACUUUGGCGGGCCAGCCAGCCCUCGGAUGGGCUGCCGUCGGCCUGGGAGCCGACAGCAUGACGGGCAACGCCUUGGUGCUGAUGGUCUACGCCUCGGGCUCCAACAAGAACGUGACGUUCUCGCCGCGCCUGACGUCCUACGGCCGCUCGGAGCCGGCCCCCUAUCCGGAUCUCCGCUUCGAGGUCCUCUCAGGCACGGGCUACUACAACGGCACCCUCAUGUUCAGGGCCCGGUGCUUCAACUGCCGCCGCUGGCCGGGCGGGUCCAUCGACGUCAACUCGGCAGCACAGCGCUGCAUCUGGGCCGCCGGGCCGAGCUACGAGGUCAAGAGCGACGACGUGGCUGCUCCUCUCAAGUUUCACCGCAGCUACGGCUCCUUCUCCAUCAACCUCAAGGCCGCGCAAGGUCCCGGUCAGGCGCCGACGCUCAACUUCCACACGGCCAGGAAGAGCGAGGGCGCUGCUCUGACCGGCGAGCCCAGGAGUGGGAAGCGCGACUGGUCUGCGCUGUUUCAUGGCAUCAUCAUGGUCUUUUGCUUCGUCGGCCUGCUUCCGUUUGGUUUGAUCGUGCUUCGUGUUGGCAACUGGCCUAGGUGGCAUGCUGUAAACCAGGGCAUCGCUUUGGCUGGUAUCAUAACGGGCUUCGGGCUUGGAGUGCACAUCAGCUUCAAGUAUAACAGAUCACGCAACUUCAACCACCCACACCAGGUGAUUGGGAUCCUUAUCUUUAUCUUUAUGUUUGCGCAGUUCGUUCUGGGGUAUCUGCAUCACAGAAUGUACAAGCAGAACGAAGGAAAAGGGUCCCCAUUGGCACCCUUUCACAUCUGGCUUGGUAGGACGGUCAUGAUAAUGGGAGUAAUCAACGGAUUCUUGGGGUUCCCAUUCGCACUUUCUCACAGAUACAACUACAUUCUUCUCGGUCUGGUCCUUGCCAUCGCGCCGCUGGUCAUUUUCCUGCUCCUCUACAAGCCCCUGAUCCGCCCAAAGCUAUGGGGCCGCAAGGAGGAACAGUCGACCGAAGAGGCCCUGCCGCCGUAUACGGCAGAGCCCUGGAGGCAACAGGUCCCCGCGACGGGACACACCGCCACGGCCGUGACUGCCCAAACCCCCGAGACCCGCGGUAUUGGUCUCUCGGACAUGGGUGCCUGGGCUAGUAGAGGAGGCAGAGACAGAGCUGGUCAAGCCGCCGGUAGCAACUGGGCGCAGCCGCAGAAUCCCAGGGAAAUGGUUUGA